AUGACGACUAAAACAGGAGACCAGGAGUCUCCUCUGGCUUCUCAAGUCGACCCCCAAACCAGCGUUAGCCGCGUUCCGCCCCCAGAGACUCCAGCUGCUGUCCAAACGCGAUUUCGAGUGAUAGCAGCAUUUUGGGCUGUGAUUAUAUUCCUUGGGUUCCCGAUAUGGUGGAAGACAACGUCAAUUUACAGGGCCUCUCUCCCGCUUGAGGAGAUGGUGCAUUGGGCUGAUGGCAAGACAUGCCGACCAGUUUUCCCUCUGGAAAUCCACCUUUCGACGCCUUCAUUGCCAUAUAUUGAGGCGCAGCACCUCCUUCGCACGACACAACAUACUCUCGAUGACCUCAACGAGUUCGCAGCUCAUCACCUUCGGCUCAAGUUGGCCAAUGACACGACAGGAGAUCAUACUGGACAAGACAGCUCGGAACAUGUCAACUAUGCCGCAAGAGAGACACCGGACACUGCACUGACCGUUCGCUUAUUACCCCAGGAGGGCCUGGCGAGCCCUCGAUCCGAGCUCCACGCAGCUACUACGCAGCUCGAUGUUUUCUACCCGCCGAGCCAGAUCCCAGUAUCUUCUUCCUCCAACUCUCCCCUCUCGACCUUUAUUGCGGCGGAGCUACAGCAAUUGUACGGCGAGGAGAAAGCUACUAUAGCACACAUAUUGUCUGGAGACACCGCUAGGCUUGCUUCGACUUCCCCACAACUUGCUGAAGAUAUCAGCCGAAGACUGCGCCGAUCGAUGAAAUACGCUGAAACCUACCAUCUCUCCUUUUCACUCUUCACUCCAGGAGCUGAGCCUUCCUCGUGGGAUAUUGAGGCAGCAGUGAACGAAUAUGUCUCCCCUCUCUUGCAGGCAUUGUCUCCUAUCAGCAACUUCACGGUCGACACGCAGGUGCAGCUCUAUGCAAACUUCGCACCUACUGCACCGAAACCCGAGUAUGAUGAAUCCGAGGCAGUUUGGACCCUAAAGAAGGAGGGUCUAAGCGCCUUCGUCAAUGCUGCCGAGUGGCCACUGAACCCAAGCAUUGGCACUGGUCCGACGAUCAACUUCAUUCUAUAUGUCCCAGAUCCCUCACAAUCUCCACUUGUCGUCAAGGAAAACAGUGCCUCUAGUUGGAUAGUCCCUCAAUGGGGUGGAGUGUUCCUCCUUAAUCCACCGCUCUCCAACGACGAGCAAGGUAGUCGGUCUAAUCCUGCCCAUCUCUCACUGGGCUCUUUGGGGCCUGCCUUCAUGACCUUCUCUCAUCAACUACUCACUCUUCUCGGCACUCCAAGUACUCCAGCCUCCCUUCCCCUCCGUCUCCAGACGUCUAUCCGCAUUCGUGCAGCCACUUUGUUGCUCUCUGCCUCGUCGACGAUGGGUUCUCUUGCCCGUCUCACCGAGUCUCUGCCUUCUAUUCCUAUUCCCGCCACUGUGGCUACCUCCGUUUCCACCACUCUUUCCCAUCUGACUGCCACUUGCUCCCAUCUGCGAGAGGGCCGUUUUGGCGCUGCGCUGGCCAGUGCCCGGGUUGCGGAGACGGAGGCUGAGCGCAGCUUCUUUGAGAAGAGUAUGGUCGGUCAGGUCUAUUUCCCGGAUGAGCACAAGGUGGCUGUAUACUUGCCACUUCUGGGGCCCAUUGGUGUCCCCCUUGUUGUUGGGUUGCUCAGAGAGCUCAAGAGAAUUGCAGCUAAACGUAAGGCGAAGGCCUCGUAG